GGGGCCACAAGGCCGGCGGCGGCGGAGGGCCUGGGAACGGGUGGCAGCAGAGCCUCCAAGUCCCUGGAAGGCGGCGGCAGGGUCGGGCAGCAGCGCGCGAUCCUGCUCUCAGGCAACUGAAUAUGUGCAGGGGACCCACCCCUGAGUCCAGAUGACACUCAUGCUGAUGGCUUCAGUGAUGGCAGUGACUGAACCAAAAUGGGUCUCCGUCUGGGGCCGCUUCCUGUGGGUGAUGCUGCUGAGCAUGGUGUUGGGGUCCCUGCUGGCGCUGCUGCUGCCGCUGGGGGCCUUAGAAGAGCAGUGUCUGACCAUGCUCGAAGGCUUCUACCUGCUCAGGAGCAAGUUGGACAGGGUGCAGCAUGCCGUCACCAAGUGUAGCAGCCCAUCCACAGAGCUCAGUGUCACCUCCAGGGACACGCCACCGCUGGCGGUCAAGACCAAGGCCUCUCCAGCUGGUAAGUUGGAAGCCAAAGCAGCUCUGAACCAAGCCCUGGAGAUGAAACGCCAAGGCAAGCGGGAGAAAGCCCACAAGCUCUUCCUGCACGCCCUCAAAAUGGACCCAGACUUCGUGGAUGCACUCAACGAGUUUGGCAUCUUUUCAGAAGAGGACAGGGACAUCAUCCAGGCGGAUUACUUAUACACCAGAGCGUUGACCAUCUCGCCCUACCAUGAGAAAGCGCUGGUCAACCGGGACCGGACGCUGCCACUGGUCGAGGAGAUCGACCAGAGGUAUUUUAGCAUCCUCGACAGCAAAGUGAAGAAGGUCAUGUCCAUCCCCAAGGGCAACUCCGCGCUGCGCAGAGUCAUGGAGGAAACCUACUACCAUCACAUCUACCACACAGUCGCGAUUGAGGGCAACACCCUCACCCUCUCGGAAAUCAGGCACAUCCUGGAGACUCGCUAUGCCGUGCCAGGCAAGAGCCUGGAGGAGCAGAACGAGGUCAUCGGCAUGCACGCAGCAAUGACAUACAUCAACACGACGCUAGUCUCCCGCAUCGGGUCUGUCACCAUCAGCGAUGUGUUGGAGAUCCAUAGGCGGGUGCUCGGUUACGUGGAUCCAGUGGAAGCUGGCAGGUUUCGGACGACCCAGGUCCUCGUGGGACACCACAUCCCUCCCCAUCCUCAAGAUGUGGAAAAGCAGAUGCAGGAGUUCAUCCAGUGGCUCAACUCCGAGGACGCCAUGAAUCUGCACCCAGUGGAGUUUGCGGCCUUGGCCCAUUAUAAAUUGGUUUACAUCCACCCUUUCAUCGAUGGCAACGGAAGGACCUCGCGCCUGCUGAUGAACCUCAUCCUGAUGCAGGCGGGCUACCCACCCAUCACCAUCCGCAAGGAGCAGAGGUCCGAGUACUACCAUGUACUGGAGGUCGCCAAUGAAGGCGACGUGAGGCCAUUCAUCCGCUUCAUCGCCAAGUGUACGGAGACCACUCUGGACACCCUGCUCUUUGCCACAACAGAGUACCCGGUGGCACUGCCCGAGGCCAAACCCAACCACUCCGGGUUUAAGGAGACACUGCCUGUGAAGCCCUAACCCUGGAAAUCCUCCCUUGGUGACAAGGGAUGUCCCAAGGGGGGGGAAAACCCUUAGCAUUUCUAGAAACCUAGUUGUCUCCUAAAGCAAAUGGAGACAGAAAAGGAACUUAAAACGUUCUUUACCUCCGAAUGUUUUAGUUAAAAAAAAAAAAAAAAAAAAAACCUAAAUUAUUAAGCCUUAUCUCUAAGGUAACUUAUAGUUCAGCCCAAGUUAUUAUUUAUUUUUCUCUUUGGGGCCAGUAAAUGUUGUGUGGCGUCUGUCUGCGCUGGUGUCCCUAAGGAGGGAGGCUUUGGGAGCAUCAAUGCUGUGUGUGUGACCAGAACACAGGUUCUGGAGCAGAAUUUGCACUCAGGUGGGAAGAGGCCAGAAGUGUGAUAGGAGGUCCAAAAGCCAUAGGAGGAACUCCUCCAAAUGUCCUGUGACUUGACCUGAGAGGUCAGUACUCUUGGGGAGAACCUGGUCCCGGUUUUGAGAAAUGACUGAAAGCUUGCUUCUACGAAGAGGUUGGCGUUGUGACUAAUUCUCACUGGUAGACCAGCAAACUUUUGAGAGAUGAAAUAAAAUUAAUGUUGACAACAUUUCUAGUUAGAUACCUUUCUCAUUUCAAGGAAGUCCUUAAGUCAUAGUUAGCUUGCACACUCUAGUGCCAGAGGCUGUUAUGUUCCCUUAUCAAGAAUGUUUUUCUAAUUAAGAGAAUAGGGGAGUGGCCAGCUUGGUUUUCUCUGUGUAUGAAAUGUUUCUCGCACUUCGUUUGCAGCAACUCAGACCAGAUGUUUUAGUCUAC